AUGGCAUCACAAUCAACUUCAGAAGGGCGGGGAGCAGCGCCGACCUCGACGCCCGAGCUCCUCGACCUCACUAUCGACAACAUCACGCAAAACACAAACGUCAUAAACUCGCAGGCGCCAUCGGCCCGGCUCCGGUACGUCAUGGAGCGGCUGGUGACGCACCUGCACGACUUUGCACGGGAGACGCGGCUGUCGACGGAGGAGUGGAUGACGGCCAUCAACUUUCUGAUCGCGACGGGCCAGAUCUCGGACGACAAGCGCAACGAGUUCAUCCUGCUGUCGGACGUGCUGGGCCUGUCGCUGCUGGUCGACAACCUCAACCACCCGACCCCUCCGGGCUGCACCGAGGGUUCCGUCCUGGGUCCGUUCCACACCCACGACGCCCCGACGCUGGCCAACGGCGCCAGCAUGACGUCGGACCCCGAGGGGGAGCCCAUGCUGGCCGUCUGCACCGUCAAGGACCGCGACGGGAACCCCCUGGCCGGCGUCAAGAUCGACAUCUGGGAGACCGACUCGGGUGGCCACUACGACGUCCAGCACCGCGACAGGGAAGGCCCCAGCGAGCGCUGCGUCAUGGUCUCGGACGACCAGGGCCGCUUCUGGUUCCGUGGGCUCAAGCCCGUCAGCUACCCGAUCCCUAGCGAUGGGCCCGUCGGGAAGCUUUUGGAGAAGCUGGGCAGGCACUGCUGGCGGCCGGCGCAUGUGCAUUUUAUGUUUGAGAAGGAGGGGUGGGAGAAGCUGAUCACUGCGCUCUACCUCCGCGGUGACCCCUACGAAAAGACAGACGCCGUCUUUGGAGUCAAGUCGAGCCUGACCAUCGACCUGGACAAGGUCGACGCUGCAACUUCGAGCGAGUACGGCGUGCCCGAGGGCACAUGGCUGCUGCGCCGCGACUUUGUACUGGUGACCGAGGAGGAGACGUCCAAGCUUCGUGACGAGAAGGCGGUUGAGGCCCUGAAGAAGCUGGGACUCAAGGUCAGGCUGGAGGAUCAUUUGCCUGUCCCGGAUCUAGACUAGGUUCCGAUGACAUGUUUGACACUGGUCAUAAACACUGCAACGAAUAGCCAAAAUCUCACGAAUAGAGACAUGUUUCAGCGGUGAACUAAAGAGAAAACACAAGCUUUUAUGAAUGCGAAAAAAAGCACAUCGAGGACUUUUUAUGUACGGGGGGAUCACAUUCCGCGAUCUACAUAUACAGAAGGUUUUGUAUGUACACGUUGAGGUGUCCAAGAAGAAAAGGCCAUAGCCUCGACCGGCGAAAACAUAUACAGAUAACUCGCCCUAGACGCGCCGGCCACUGGGAUCGUCUAGGGCGCGCAACGCCAUGAGCUUGUUGCUGUUUUGUUCUUCAUCCAAGUUCUGACAGGAAAAAAAA